AUGAACUCGACUGACGCAUCAACAUCAAUGCGAUGGGUCCCUCUGGAAAGCAAUCCAGAGCUCUUCACAAACUGGGCCGCUGCUCUCGGCCUCGACUCGACCAAGUAUGCCUACCAUGACAUCUUCGGACUUGAUCCCGCACUGUUGUCCAUGGUGCCUCAGCCCGUCGAGGCAGUCCUGCUCCUCUUCCCCGUAUCAGAGGGGUACGAAGCCAAUCGCCAUAAGGAGGACAAGGAUGUCGAGAUCACACAGGAAGGAGGCAAAGACGGAGAGCUCAUCUGGUGGAAGCAGACUAUCGGGAACGCCUGUGGUACUAUGGGCCUUCUCCAUUCCCUUGCCAAUACCUCCGUGCGCUCCUCCCUUCCCGACUCCUCACCUCUCGCAAAACUCAUUUCCAAAUCAGUCCCGCUUAACCCAAUCCAACGUGCCGAGCUCCUCACCACAUCUCGCGAGCUCGAGGCAGCUCACACCACCGCCGCUUCGGGCGGACAGAGCGUCGCACCUGCCGCUGAGGAAAACAUCGAUUUGCACUUCACGUGCUUUGUUCGUGACCAAGAGAAGGGGGAACUGGUGGAGCUAGAUGGUAGAAGAAAGGGCCCUGUCCACCGUGGAGUGAGACUGGCUGCGCAGGAGGAUUUGCUCGAAGGGGCUUGCAAUUGGGUCAGGGACAACUAUAUGGCUAUGGAUCCAAAUGCUGUGCAGUUCAACCUCAUCGCACUGGGCCCGGCUGGCUCGGACGACUGAGCAGGCUGCAAUAAGCUCAACGGUGUACCUCUGCACUGGGAAGUCAUUGGCCCCAAUAGCUACUGUAAGAUUGAUGUGUAUGGUAGAUUGCAACGGUCGACAGAACCACUCUUUCCGCCAAGCAAUUCGAUGCUUUUACUCUCUCAGCGACUUGAGAAAUACCUCCCUCGCCUGCUGGGCAUCCGCUCGCCCCGCCGUCCGUUUCAUCACCUCUCCCACCAGCCGCAUCACCACCUUGUCGUUUCCCUUUCUGACCUUCUCCGCUUCCUUUGGCAAGUCAUUGAUAAUUUUCGCACAGAGCUGCUCUAACUCU